UGCGUGGCUUCUGCCCGCCACCUGCCUCCUUCUUCGCUUCCCUCCUUCCCUCUCUGUCUGUUUGGUCUCUCCCUCGCGCCACUGGCAACGACGAUGUCGGGAUUCCUCUUGCUCGUUGCCGCGCUCCCGGCCGCCAUCGUCGCUUACGUCCUCUUCCAUGCCCUACACUACCUCUACCGCGACCUCACCUUCUCGCUGGCGCACAUUGGUGCCCCCAAGAGCGCGAGCUGGCUGCUGGGCAACUUCGGGGAGAUGAUGGCGGACCCAGAGCGGACGGAAAAGUGGCGGCGCGAGUUUGGCGCUAAUUUUACGUUCAAGACGCUGUUCGGGGUCCGUGAGCUCCAUACAUCGGACACCCGCGCCAUCGCCCACGUCUUUGCCAACGCAUCGGUCUACCAGAAGUCGCCUAUCACCCUUGCGAAUAUGAAGCGGCUGCUUGGCACGGGCCUGCUGUCAAUUGAGCUGGACGAGCACAAGCGUCAGCGUCGAAUCCUGACACAAGCCUUUGGCCCUGCGCAAAUUCGGCUCUUCACGGAGACGUUCUACCAAAAAGCAGCCCAACUUCGCGAUAUCUGGGCGGGCGAGCUGUCGGAGAACGAGGCGGCCGGUCGGGACACAACGAUCGACGUGUUUGCAUGGCUGAGAAAGAUGACAUUAGAUGUUAUUGGCGAGGCUGGCUUUGACUACCAGUUCCACUCUCUGUCGCGGGACCAGAACGCCGAGACGGCCAAGUCGGACGAGUUGGAGGACCUCUUCACCGAGGUUCUGCAUUCGCCCAAGGCCCCGAGAAACGUCAUGUUUCGGCUGGCGCAGAACAUCUACCCGGUUUUGCGGUUGAUUCCCCUUCCUGGUACGCGCGUGUUACAUGCGCUGCGCAUGAAGAUGGACGGUAUUGGCUUCCAAAUUCUGGCGCGGAGCAAGGCGGCCGUCGUCCGUGGGGCGAACCUGGGCUCGAAAGCGGGGGAGAAGAGCGAGACGAACGGGUCAGGCAACAUCGGACGCGGGGAGGGGAGGGAUUUGCUGUCAAUCUUGCUCAAGGCGAAUAUGUCGCCCGACAUCAAGGAGAGCCAGCGGAUGACGGACAUGGAGGCCAUCGGACAAAUUCCGACGUUUUUGUUUGCUGGACACGAAACUACCAGCUCGGCCGUUUCGUGGUCUCUCCACGCCCUCUCCGUCAACACUGCUGCCCAAACUAAACUCCGGGGCGAGAUUCUGGCGUUAGCAGCGCGGACCCCGCACCCUACACUGGACGAACUGACCGCGCUGCCUUACAUGGAGUGUGUCAUCCGCGAGACCCUUCGGCUUCACCCGCCCGCGGUCGCGGCCCAGAGGAUGGCCAUGCAGGACGACGUUCUCCCGUUGGGCAAGACAUAUCUCGACCGUUGGGGGAAGGAGUACGACAGCAUGCCUUUGAAGAAAGGACAGCUGAUUCAUAUCCCCAUCCGCGCGGUCAACACGGACAAGGAGAUCUGGGGCUCAGACGCGGAGGAAUUCCGCCCCGAACGAUGGACCCCGGGAUCGCCGCUCCCGCCCGCUGUCGCGGGCAUACCGGGCGUGUACGCUAACCUGCUCACCUUCUUGGGCGGGCCACAUAGCUGCAUCGGGUACCGCUUCUCCAUCGCCGAGUUCCGCGUAACGCUCUUCACACUCCUCUGUGCAUUCGAGUUUGCCGCCGUUGAGGAGAUCGGCGGCACGAGCACUGGCCUGCAGAAGCCUAUGGUGAAGCGCCAGCCCGAGCGCGGUAGUUGUCUCCCGUUAGGCGUCAAGGCGUAUGUCGCGUGA